ACACUUCACUGGAUAUUGCGAUGUACCGUAUCGCUUUCACUUGCAAUCCAAUACAAACACACAACCCUCAGGCAUCUGAAGUAUUUCAUGAUGAUUUGCUGCCAAUAAUAAUAAUAAUAAUAAUGAAUGAAUAAAUAAAAAUAAAAGAGGAGAUGCUCUUGUAGUGUGAGGUACAGUUUUCACUUGGGAUACUGUACUGCUAUCCAUACCUCAAAUGUUGACAUUCUAGCUUUCCCACGUCGUAAAAAAAAGUUGGGUUUAUGCCAAUACAUAAUCACAUUAGCGGUAGCGUUGGCAGAGUAUCCUGCGAAUGCCGUAUCGUGAGGUUGACAGCUUUGUAAAAGGUCAAAGAGAGGAACAACACACAAGUACUCUAUGCGCGCGCACACAUGCAGAGUCUGACAAAAAAACAACACAUGCGGCUACAAGUUUGUCCUGUGCAAAACUGAAAUUAGCGCUUGGAAUGUUCACUUUGGGGAAAGGCGGGUCUGGGCGGCAACCGGAGUUGGCCCAGUAGAGGCCCCGUUAGAGAUGAGUCGGGUUUUGCUAAUUGGCUUAAUCAGAAGCAGGCGUUGCUCGGGGGCAGACUGGCGAGGGCCACCGGGCGGCAUUGAGGGCGCCAUCGGCCCACGCGCACGCUCUCAGGCUACCUCGCUAGGGUCGCUAAUCCUCACCGGUGUCUCGUUGCAGGACAUUAUUCACCCAGGAAGACUUUCACUGGGAUGUUUCCGUAGUUAAUCAUCUAGUUGUAAGCUUAACACCUCCUCGUGGUGUCAUCCCCCUUUGGCUCUGUCUCUCCAGAGGCAAAGUGUUACAGGUUGUACACUUAACUUGCUGUUCAACACACGGACGGAUCGCGUUUCACACGCAGACUUUGUGUCAGGAAGGCUCGGGUAAUUAGCCCCGGAUUGAUUUUCAGAGCUACAAUGGACUCAGUGCGGCCGGCUUGUUCACAUUCCCGCCGUCUCCAUCUGUCUCUCAUGUGGGAUUCAAGCCCCUUCUACACAGCCUGUGAAAGGUGGCAUUGUCCCAGCUGUUUAAAUGGAUUUAAAACCCUAGUGUGCCACUAUUGAGGUAAUAUUCAAGAACCCUUGGCACUGUCUGUCCAGUGUAUUCGGUACCGAUGCGGGUUGAAGUUGACCCACAAAUGAACUACCUUUCAACCUAGCAUCAGGUGGAAGGUGGGACUUUAACACCCAAGACUGACUGCCGUGCUGCCUUUGUGCUAAAAGCAAUUAUGACUAGUGCUAAUCUAUCUGAAUAUGCAAAGCCAGCCCCUCCUCCCCCCUGAAAAAAAGCACAGGCUGGGAAAUGCCAUUUCACACACUUGUGCACACAGUAAAUACCUGCUCACCAGAGAUGUGGGCGGAGCUUACCAAAGGAUUACUUUGAAUGCCUUUUUAACAGAGGAGCCAAUUAAGGGACUCACCCUUGAUUAUAAAUUGUGAUUAAUUUAUUUUUGCAUUAGUCUGAAGUAAGAAUAGCAAAAUGAGAUUAUUUCCAGAGGGGACAAUAGUUUCAUUGAGAUUAAGAGGUAUGACAAACCAAAUCCUGAAAAAAGCUGACAAACUGAAACUGUCGCCGCUCAGCAGUGUCACACUGCCCCCCUGUGGACGGGAGGGUAAGUCCCCUUUUGACAUCCUAAAAAGUCCUUUCUUUUCCGCACGCCUUCGGAAUCUUUUCCCUGAUCAGCAUCCAUGAAGUGACCUAACGUAGCAAGGAGGUGAGUGACGCCCGAAGGGAUUGCAGUGAUGUCGGAUGAGGCGGGGAGGGAUUGAGACUCGCUCAUGCGGUUUAGUCCCGAGCAGCAGCAAACUGUCAUUGUGUAUAAUCUGCAAAUUUCCUCAGAUGACGCAAAGGCUGUGACUUUGCCCCUCCCAUCAUUGGUACAUCCGUCGUCUUCAUCUCCCGAUGCAUCGCUCUUGUGGGACGGGAGACACUACGCUAAGCAGGCAGGAUGACAAACCAGGCCGCAGUCAACCAGUCCAACGCCACCAAACCCAAGGCAGGAGCUGAAAGUCGGCAGGAUGACAGCACCAAGGUGGACUUCAAAGACGCUGGCCACUGCAGCCGCAACACCCACAACCUCCUGCUGGGGCUCACUGUCAUGGGUGUGGUGAUGGGAGCAGUCUUGGGCAUGCUGUUGCGCUACAUGAGGGUGACGGACAGCUCGACCCUCACAAUGGUCUCCUUCCCUGGAGAGAUCCUCAUGAGGAUGCUCAAAAUGCUCAUCCUGCCCCUCAUCAUCUCCAGCCUCAUCACAGGUCUGGCCGGUCUGGACGCUCGCUCUAGUGGUAGGAUGGGCAGCAGAGCCAUGGUGUACUACAUGAGCACCACCAUCAUCGCCGCCAUCCUUGGUGUCAUCCUGGUGCUCAGCAUCCACCCCGGCAACCCCAAGCUCAGGGGGGGCGCCGCCGUCUCUUCCCCACCAAAGAACCAGGAAGUCAGCAGUCUGGAUGCCUUUCUUGACCUCAUCCGCAACCUCUUCCCGGAGAACUUGGUGCAGGCGUGCUUCCAGCAGGUCCAGACCGUCUUGAAACAGGCAGCGGUGGCGGCCACAAACCAAACGGAACCAAUCACAGUCAACAGAAAGAAACUAGAAUAUAAAUGGGGUAUGAAUGUUCUUGGGUUGAUUGGAUUCUUCAUCACCUUUGGUAUCUGCAUGGGCAGGAUGGGCGAGCGCGGCAAAGUCAUGUGCGACUUCUUCAACAUCCUCAACGAGAUCAUCAUGACCAUGGUGUCCAUGAUCAUGUGGUAUUCCCCAGUGGGCAUCGCCUCGUUGAUCGCGGGCAAGAUCGCGGCCAUCGGGAACCUGGAGUUGGUGGCACGGCAGCUGGGCAUGUACAUGGUGACCGUCAUGGUGGGCCUAAUGAUACACGGGGGCCUCAUCCUACCCGCCAUCUUCUUCGGCAUCACCCGCAAGAGCCCCUUCACCUUCUACUCAGGCAUCUUCCAGGCGUGGAUCACCGCGUUGGGCACGGCCAGUAGCGCUGGGACUUUGCCGGUGACCUUCCGCUGCCUGGAGGAAAACCUGAAGAUCGACAAGCGCGUGACCCGCUUCGUGCUGCCCAUCGGCGCCACCAUCAACAUGGAUGGCACGGCACUCUAUGAGGCCGUGGCGGCCAUCUUCAUCGCGCAGAUGAAUGACAUCACGCUGGACAGUGGCCAGAUUGUUACUGUGAGCAUGACGGCCACGCUGGCCAGCGUGGGAGCAGCCAGCAUUCCGAGUGCCGGAUUGGUCACCAUGCUGUUGAUCCUGACGGCCGUGGGCCUCCCCACCCAGGACAUCAGUCUGCUCAUCGCCGUCGACUGGCUACUCGACCGGAUGCGUACCUCCAUCAAUGUUGUGGGCGACUCGUUCGGGGCCGGUAUCGUGGACCACUUGUCCAAAGCGGAGCUCCAGGAAAUAGAUGCGGCCGAAAUGCAAAUUCUCCCGGUGGAGGAGGAAUUGGAUUUCAUCCCGCCACCGCCCAUCCUCACCGAGAUGGACCUUGUGGACCCGCUCAAGCCGCCCGAGCUUCCCCCCCGUUCGCCCCGCCCUCCCAAGCAAAACCACCACAGCCACAUCCUAACCCAGUCCCACUCGAUCACCUAUUCUCCAUCCCGUUCUAUCCGUUCCCCGUCUCCGCGCUCUAUCCGCUCGCCUUCCCCGCGUUCCGUGUGCUCCCACUCUCCUCGGCCUUUCCGCGCCCACUCGCCUCGCCUCCUCUGCAGGACGGAGCCGGGCUACUGCGCCCUGCCCAGCCAUGACAACCAGCACCCCGCCCUGUCUCGCUGCUACCGGGACCGGGACCGCCUGUACCGAGAGAGCGAGACGGAGGAGGAAGAAGAGCGAGAACGGGAGCGCAUUCUGGGCGAACCCAGCGACGGCGAGGAGAGCGACGACACCGCGUACGACCGGCGGCACGCCAUCCAACCGUGUGACCUACCAUGAAAACAACAACUAACUUGGUUCAACUCAUGUUACAAUCAAAACACUUCCCAUUUGAUGCUAAAGUUAUUAAAUUUAUUUAUCUUUCA